CGGUCUGCUCAGGCUGUAAUCUGGAGGCUUUCUGUCACUCGUGGCUUGGACCUGACGUGGGCCCUAAUGGUCGUGCCUGGGGCAAGUCACUACCCACUCAGGUUAGUUUCUUCCUGUGUAAGGUGGGGUUGGUCCUGGGUGUGGGAAGACUUCAGAUGAGCUAGAAAUAGGCUACUUCCCCAGGGAAGUGGAAGGCCCGGGCCCCACAAAGGCCCACUGUUCACCCCUGUCCCCACCUCGAGUCUUCAUCCAUGUUACAGCCGGGGAACCAGGUGGGAGGGCUCUGCCCCAAGCAGCCGGAGGAUGGGGUCAGUCCCUUAUUGAGAGACCUUUGAACCAAGGAUGAGUGAGCCCCCAGCUCCCUAAUUACAUCUAGGCAUCCACCCGCCCUGCCAUCUACUUGUCCUCAGUGAGUUUGCCCACAGACCCCUCUACCAUGGGAAUCCCCCCCCCCAAACCCUGCACAGAGCAGUUGCCAGGACUCUGGCUGGAGGUGAGGACAGCUGGACUGAGCCCUCACUCUCCAGAGACAGUGGAGGUGCCAGACCAAGCAGAACAAAACUGGAGAUCAGCGAUAAUGAGCCCUUGGGUGUGAGGCCCAUGAGGCAGGGCUGGCUUCACGCCUGGCAGGACUGGGAGCCCUGGGGGAGGGAUCACAAGCUGCCCCUCCCUGCACCCCCCACUCCUGAGUCAGGACCAUCGGGCAAGGGCAGUCCCCCAGGCAAGACAAGAUGGGCAGGGGCCCCAGAAGACCUGACCCAGAUCCUGAAACCUGGAGAGACUCCCUGAGAAUCGCGGAGUCCUAGAAUCACAGUGGGGGUGCUCAGGACCUCACAAGGGUGGACUCCAGAAGCUACGGCACCGUUAGGCGUGCUUUCACUGAGUGCAGGGGAGAAGUGGAAGGCCAGACACCCAGGAGGUCAUGCUGGAGCCAGAGUAGCUCACAGCCUUUAACCCCUGACCCCUGCCAUGUCUCCAGGGAGCCCUGGGGGUCCCCAGGUGGCAGGCAGGGGUGGGGACAGCAGAUACCCAUGCAACACCCUGACAUCCCUGCCCCUUGUGCUCAGACCGCAGCUGUGGGGCCGUGGGGGAUUUUCCUGCCCUUCUCCCUGUCCAUAUGGGAACUGUAGGGUCAGGGAAGGUGCCACUGCCUGCCCCUUGUACCCCUCCACCCCCAGAGGAGAUGGUCCCGCCCCCACCCCCCCAAGUUCCCAACUCUGGGCCUCUCACAUCCUGGAAUUCCAGAACACUUCUGAAUCCAACCAUUUCUCCCCACCCCACGGCCGCUGUCAUGGACAUGGUGGGCUUUUUGGAGUCUACAAACUCUCCAGUGGCCCCCCACCCCCAGCGCCCUCACAAUAGAAUACACGCCCUUUGCCAAGGCUUAAGACCCCUUGUAGCCUUCCCCGUCCUCAUUCACUCUGCUCACUCCACUCGUUUCACCGCAGGGCCUUUGCACUGGCUGUUCCCCUGCGUCUCCAAGCUUGGCUGGUCCUCUGCCUGCAGGUCUGCCAUCACGUCCUCCAAGAGUUCCCCUCUCAGAGGCCCACAUAAAGUCAUUCCCCAGGCCAACUCCAUCUCUGACCUUGCUUCACUUGACCCUCAGCUUCUGAAAUGUGUGUUCAUCUGCCGGCUCGGUCAGUGUCAAGUACCUGUGUGCAGUAUGGGUCUGCCUGGAUCCUGCGGCGUUCCCAGCAGCCGGCACACGGUCCUGCACACAGUAGGCGCUCAAUGAACGGGCCUCAGCCCAAGCGUCAUUCUGUAGCCUCCCACCUCCCAGUAGAGGAAGAGAGACCCUGGAAGUGGAUGGUAACCACUCCCAGAACCCCCCUGGGGAGGGAGGACUGGGUUUGCGUGCCCCGCAACAACUUGCAUAUAUUUGCAUUUGCUUGCGUGGGUUUUCAGGAAGGGGAUCCCCUCCAGGAUUUCUCCUUUCGCAUCAGAUUCUCCAGAAAGGUGCAGCGCAUCCGGGCCUGGAGAAAUGAAGGUGGGGGAAGGAAAAGGAACUCAGUGUCGUCCCCCCACCCUCCUGGCAGGGGUGGAGGAGUCCAUGCCAGCGGGCAACAGAUGCCCGAGUGGCAGCCACUGUAGCGCAGUCCCCGGGCGGGGGGCGCCUCCAGGCUGGCCCCACAUCAUGAGCACGAAGAGGGAGAGCUCCGGGGACACCAAGGGAUGCGUGGGAGAUGCUGGACAGCACUGGAGUGGCGCGAGUCAGCUGGGGACCACCAGGAGGCGGCAGAGGCUUGGCGAGGAUUCCAGGGCCCUCAAGUUCAACCCCACGGAUGUCCAGAUCCCUCCGGCUUGUGGAGGAGGGAACCCAGUUUCCGGACACCAGGUCAGGACUGGAACCCAGAGGUCAGAGACUCCAGAGGCCAAAGUUCCUCAAGUCCACCAGCGAAGGGCCCCAAGACGACAGUGUCUGGGUCCAUUGAUGGCAUGACCCCAGGCAAGGGACUUCCCCUCCCCACCCUGGGUCUCCUCAUUUGCGCGAUGGGGGACAUGUCAGACACUACUUUCCAAGGAGUCAUGGGCCCCCCAUUUAUCCGGAUUCGAGGCCACUGACAGUCCCUCCCUUAUACACUUAACGCCUGGCACAGGACAGACGGUCCCUGAGUAUUCCACGCAGGAAACAACGAAUGAAGACAGAAUGAAUGAAGGGCUAACUCUGUGCCAGGCUCCAAUUACGUGGGUUCGAUUUAUUCCUCGGGGCAGGGGCUACUUGAUCUCCAUUUACAGAUGGGGAAACUGAGGUGCACUGACAAGCAAAGACUCCCCGAGGUAUGUAUGCAUUUAGGACCUGAACCCCAAUGUCUCCCACUCAGCUUAGCCUGCGGGUGGGGUUCGGUGGUUUCCUCCCGCUAGGUUCUGAAGAAAGGGCGUGGCUGCAGGUGAAAGUCGGGGGAGGGGUUCAAGCAGAAGUUUUCCUCAAGCGGCAGCGCAACCCAGAAAAUGAACCCCUGGCUCAUGGGAGUGUGAGGUCCCCUUCGCUUAAGGUACAAAAGCACAGCGGGGAUUUGAAUGCUGAAGCCACGGCUCCCAGCCGUGUGGCCUCAAGUAAGUGUGAUAUGUCAUCUCUGAGCCUCAGUUCGCCCACCUGUCAAUGGGAGACAUUAACAGCUCGGGGUGAGGGGAAAAUGCCACCGAAGUAAAGGGGUGUUUGGGAGCCGCACCCGGCCCCCAACGCCAGCAGUCACCCACGUGGCCGGUCUUGGCCUAUCUGACCCAGUCCCGGGAGGAAAGGGUGCGGGUCCUGCCCGCCCCCAACUCCAGGGGCGGGGUUUCGUGGACCCGGGAGACCAAUAAAUCCAUAGCCCGUCUCCGGGAGCCACUCCUUCAGCCCCACGGAGACCUCCAGUUGCGUGCGCUGAGCGCAGCUCCCUGCGAGCGGGACCGACGGCUGGGCGGUGGACAGACCGCUGCAAGGGGCCAGGCUUACCGAGCGGGAGGCGAGGUGCGCAGACAGACAGACGGCAGAGGCAGGCGCGUAGACGAAGAAGAGGGACAGGGAAGCAGACGACCGCAGCGAGGAUCCACAGAGUCCUUGCCCAGGGAGCCCCUGCCUGAGUCCCUUUCGCCGCCUCCCUCCAGGGGCCGAAGAAGGCAGGUGUGCGGCCUCGCUGCAGAGGCCAAGCAUCCUCCCAACUCCACGCAGCCCUGCCUCCUCGGUCGCUGCCGGUUUCCCUUACCGGGGGAGGGGGGGCCCGCGGGGUGGCUGGAAGGGCCGAGGACGCGCUUGGCCCCCGCACCUGCACCUCAUGGCCGUCGUCGAGGCAGGAGCGCGGGCCACGUUCGGAGCCUGGGAUUACGCGGUCUUCGCCCUCAUGCUGCUGGUGUCCACGGGCAUCGGGCUGUGGGUCGGGCUGGCGCGGGGCGGGCAGCGCAGCGCCGAGGACUUCUUCACCGGGGGCCGGCGCCUGGCGGCCCUGCCCGUUGGCCUCUCGCUGGCCGCCAGCUUCAUGUCGGCGGUGCAGGUGCUGGGGGUGCCAGCCGAGGCCUACCGCUACGGCUUCAAGUUCCUCUGGAUGUGCCUGGGACAGUUGCUCAACUCCCUGCUCACCGCCAUGCUCUUCAUGCCGGUCUUCUACCGCCUGGGCCUCACCAGCACCUACCAGUACCUGGAGCUGCGCUUCAGCCGCGGCGUGCGGCUCUGCGGGACCCUGCAGUACCUGGUAGCCACAAUGCUGUAUACCGGCAUCGUGAUCUACGCCCCCGCGCUCAUCCUGAACCAAGUGACUGGGUUGGACAUCUGGGCAUCGCUCCUGUCCACUGGAGCCAUCUGUACCUUCUAUACGACUGUGGGCGGCAUGAAGGCUGUGGUCUGGACUGAUGUGUUCCAGGUCGUGGUGAUGCUAACUGGCUUCUGGGUUGUCUUGGGCCGCGGGAUCAUGCUGGUGGGUGGGCCCAGAAACGUGUUUGAGAUUGCCCAGAACCACUCCCGGAUGAACCUGAUGGACUUUGACCUGGACCCGCGGAGCCGCUACACAUUCUGGACUUUUGUCGUGGGUGGCACAUUGGUGUGGCUCUCGAUGUAUGGCAUGAACCAAGCACAGGUGCAGCGCUAUGUGGCCUGUCGCACAGAGAAGCAGGCCAAGCUGGCCUUGCUCAUCAACCAGCUGGGCCUGUUCCUGAUUGUGUCCAGCGCUGCUAGCUGUGGCAUCAUCAUGUUCACGAUCUAUGUAGACUGUGACCCUCUCCUUGCAGGGCGGAUCUCAGCCCCGGACCAGUACAUGCCCUUGCUGGUGCUGGACAUCUUCGAGGACCUGCCUGGAGUUCCUGGGCUCUUUCUGGCCUGUGCUUACAGUGGUACCCUCAGCACUGCCUCCACCAGCAUCAACGCCAUGGCUGCAGUCACCGUGGAGGACCUCAUCAAACCUCGGCUGCCGAGCCUCGCACCCCAGAGACUCGUACUGAUCUCCAAGGGGCUCUCACUCAUCUAUGGCUCAGCCUGUCUCACUGUGGCGGCUCUGUCCUCGCUGCUGGGGGGAGGCGUUCUCCAGGGCUCCUUCACCGUCAUGGGAGUCAUCAGCGGCCCCCUCCUUGGAGCCUUCAUCCUGGGAAUGUUUCUUCCUGCCUGCAACACGCCGGGCGUCCUCUCUGGGCUGGCCACCGGCUUAGCGCUCUCACUGUGGGUGGCGGUGGGUGCCACUCUAUACCCGCCCAGCACCCAGUCCUUGGGAGUCCUGCCGUCGUCUGCUGCCAACUGUGUUGUGCACUCAGCCAAUGCCUCUGGCCUCCUGGACCCACUCCUUGCCACCAACACCACCAGUGGGAGCCCCAGCCCUGAAAUGGACCUUGAUCGACCUGCCUUAGCUGACAGCUUCUAUGCCAUUUCCUAUCUUUACUAUGGUGCCCUGGGCACGCUGAGCACUGUGCUAUGUGGAGCCCUUGUCAGCUGCUUGACAGGCCCCACCAAGCGCAGUGCCUUGAGUCCUGGGCUGCUGUGGUGGGAUCUUGCACGGCAGACAGCAUCGGUGGCCCCCAAGGAAGAAGUGGCUACCUUGGAUGACAGCUUGGGGAAGGGUCCUGAGGAACUGCGCCCUGGAACCAAGAGGCCUCCUGACUUCCUGUCCACUGACGAGGACCAUUUGCUCUUCCUGGGGCAGAAGGAGGUGAAUGGAGCUGGCUCCUGGACCCCUAGCAGUGCACAUGACCGUAGUCAGGACCUUCGGGAGACAGACCUCUGA